UUUCGUUUAGUUUCGGUUUUGUCUUCGGGGUUUCCACCGGGGAGCUGAGGUCUAGAUCAAGCGCAGACUUCCUCAUCCGCCUGGCCGCCCCAGCAACAGCAGGGGCGAUUGUUACCACCCGAUUUUCGAUCAUUUUUGCGACAUUACAGCGUGUGUUGAACUUUGUACAGAUACAUGUUGUUGUUUUAUGAUUGCGGAAGCCUGAAGCGAGCUGCACUGCCUCCCUGUAGCAGGCUGCUGGAAACGAAACUUUGAAAGGCGCAGAGUGAUCGACCUCACUAUGUUCAAGUCUUGGACACAGAUUUAAGAACAAGGGAUGGACGGUGAAAGAAGUGAUGGAGGAGGAGAACUGGAGGUGGAGGAUGAGUUUGCGUGUGCUGGGAUGCUGCGGGGAUCUCUGGCCUCCCUGCACAGCACCGUGGAGCGGAUAUUUGGGGUGACGUUUGGGAUCGGAGCAGAUGAUUCGUCUCACGGCAACAACGGGCAGAUAUGGCUGAAACUACAAGGGCGGAGCAACAAUGUGAAAGCUGCCAAAAUAUUUGUGAAAGGAGUUGUGAACCAGGAGGAGCAGCAGGAGGUUUCCUAUCCCGACGUUCUUCACUGUGUUUUCAGUGGAGCCAGAGGGCUGUUCAUGGACUGCCUGAUAAGAAGCACCUCAGCACAUAUAGUGGUUGGCUCUACAGGAUGCCUGCUUAUAUCAGGUCUUGAAGAGCCAGUGGUGCAAGCCUACUCACUUAUUACAGACCUGGUGGAGAGGUAUGAGGGCACACAGUCCAGACGCUUUGAGGUUGGGGACAGAGGCUCGGGCGAGUCUCUGGAUUCACGUCGGGCCUUCAAAGCUCUGGUGGAGAAAUGGGAGGACAGGCACAUCCUGGAUCUACUGGUGCUCCCAGGGUCAGUGAAGGAAAUCCUGCUGGAUUUGGUGGAACGAUCUUGGCUUGGAUCAAGUCCCAUCCCGGCACUCACAGAUGGAAAUGCAGGGGCAAGAUCACGUGGGGAUUCGGAGGGUAGAUGGGACAGCACUACUGAUCAGUGGGUUGAAGGGAUGACGACAGGUUUGAGGAAAGACUCUGCAGCCAAUGACUCCUUCCAGUCUUUCUCCACAUCUGCAGGCGCCCGAGGGAGGGCAGAGGGUGCUGAGGAAAGACUCAUGCAUUCUCCACAGGAGGUGGGAGAAGAGGAGCAGCUGGAGCCAGCGGCAACAUUAGGUCCCAAGGUGAAAGAGGGACUAGGGGAGGAGGAAAAACAAGAGCUGCAGUUGUCAGUGGGAAACAAGGAGUUUCUUCUUUUGAAGUUUUUCACAGCCAUGGGGUACACGGAGGACGUCGUGAAACGAGUCAUUGCCCAAACGGGACCUAAAGAGGCCUCUCAGAUACUAGACUUGGUUCAACAGGAGCAGGAUCGCAGUGACCGGGAGCAGACAGUUCAGCGUCCAGACCAGAAAAAUCAAGACGGUAUUGCCUUGAAUCAAAGCAUGAGGAACCGACCUUGUGAGACUGAGCACAGAGAAGAUGAAGCAGUGGCAGCAGGAGGAGAUAAGGUGGUAAGUAGUAAUGGAGAGGUGGGGAAGGUUUGUGAGGGAGAGGGGGAUGGAGCAACAGGAGGCACAAGACACUUUAAGGGAGAGGGUAGCAGCGAGGAAAAGGAGGAAGGACAUGAGGAAGACUUUGUUUUGGGAGUGCUGAAGAAAGCUGCAGCUAGCUGCGGUUACAUGGAGCAGAGAGUAGCCAGAGUCUAUAACAUGUUGCCUGAUCACUCCACUCACCAGCUGCUCCUGGAGCUGCAGAGAGAGGGGAUCAGAGAGAUAGACGCCUUUAGGGAGGGACCGAGAGAGAUGGAUGAUGUGGUGCUGGCGAAAGAGGGACUAAAAGUUGGACCAGCAGAGGAUGAAGCAAGAGGGAAAAUGGAGCUUUUCAUAUCUGCAGAAAAGAGAGAAUCCGAUGAUAAAGGAUGGGUAGAAGGGCCAAACCUGACUGUACCUGGGGCAGAGCCAGAUUUGUUUACUUGGAUUAAUAAACCCCAGCAGCCUCCCACGAGUCAAUACACCUCACAGCCAAAGCGACACCAGCCUCCCAAGUCACAAACUCCUCACCAAAUCAUCCUUCCCGAAGUCAAAGGGCCCCCCAUGCCUACUUAUUCCUCAUCCAUGGAUCCUCCACACACUGAUAUCCAAUCCAACAAACAAUAUGGCCAAACCAUCUACUGGCCUAAUUCAUCCACCUCAAAACAAAAUCAUGCAACCCAAGACAAUGCCUUCAACCCAAAGCACCAGUCUUCUAACUCCUUAAAACGAGCACUCCAAGCCCCUCAACCCCCCAUCUUCACAAGGAACGACUCGUCUCCCACCAGAGCAAGUGAAAGACGGGGCUUCAUGGCCGCUUCUUCAGUGGUAGUGACGGGGGAGCAGCGCUUCCUGGAAGGCCUGCAGAUGCCCUUUGACCUUCAGCUAGCAGACAAGCCUGGAGACCCAAAACUGAGGACGAUCAUCAUUGACGGGAGCAACGUGGCCAUGAGUCAUGGGUUGGGUCAUUUCUUCUCCUGUCGAGGAAUCGCUCUAGCCGUCCAGCACUUUUGGGACCGAGGCCAUCGUGAUAUCAUCGCACUCCUGCCACAGUGGAGACAGAAGAGCGACCCCAAGAUCAAAGAGCAGCACUAUCUAGGUGAGCUGCAGAAGCUGGGCCUGGUCUCCUACACCCCCUCCAGAGAGAUCCAAGGCAAGAGGAUCAGCUCGUACGACGACAGAUUUAUGCUGCAGCAUGCACAGAAGACAAAUGGAGUGAUCGUAACUAACGACAACCUGAGAGACCUUUCAGACGAGUCCGCUGUGUGGAGGGACAUCAUCAAAAAGCGACUUCUUCAGUACACGUUUGUUGGGGAUCACUUCAUGGUGCCGGACGACCCUCUGGGCAGAGGGGGACCUCACCUGGAUGACUUCCUACGCUCAGAGCACAGGACUCCUGAACCAGGAAACCACUCUUUUGCCGGUGUAGCCACCUCGUUCCCUUCCUCCAAACCUGCACGCUCCCAAACGGAGGUGCUGAACUUCCGCGAACGAACACUGGGUGGAGCUCUGAAUCCAGCACGUGGAGGGGUGAAGGGUAAAGGGAGAGGACAUGGAAAGGGAUGGGACGCGGGACACCAGCACAAGCAGGCUGGAGCUUCAGACAGGAGUCCAGAGGAAACAGCCAGCCUAAGACAGCAGCUCUGUCAGGUAUUUCUGGGUCAGGACAACAUGGUGGCACUGGUGCUGCAGUGCCACCCGGCAGAGACUGACAUCAAUGUGCUGUCUGAUCUGAUCUUGGAGCAGCAGAAGGACUAGACAUCUUUUAGUCUUAGCGUUUUCCUUGGGUUAAUUCUACUACUUAUCUUAAGCUGAAUUUUGCCCUGGUUUACGCGAUAUAGACCAAAGCAACUACAACAAAUCACACUGGCUAAACACUGAAUUGCAUUAGCAAGGAUUUUACGAAAAGACCAAAUUAUCAGAUGAGUGGAACUUUCCGUUGACAGUCCAACACACAUAUAAUUUAACUAUGAUGUCCUGCUUUUGAAAAUAGGUUUUAGGUCUUUGUAAAUCAAGCCUCAACAAAAAUUCCGCUGACUUUUCCUCUAGCGUCAUCAUCAGGUCAAGAUUUCAUUUUGUCCAAUACUUUGAUUUAUGACCAAAUACCAGCAAAACUAAUGACAUUCCCAUCAGCCUCAGCUGUACUUUGUAUUUAGUGCUAAUUAUGACUGAGUCCUCCUCAAUCAACUGCACACCUCGCUGUACAGCUGAUAGCUUGGUUGUUUUUCAUCACGCAGCCAUGUUAGUUGGGUAAUUAAUUCUCUCUCUUCUCUUUUACUGUUGUUAGAACCAGCAUCUCCUCUAUUAUACAUCUCCCUUUGUGCAACUAGAGUUGAGAAAAGAAUUAGAUGUGCUAUUUUUUAGGAGUAGGUUAUAAAAGUCCUUUUUAAAACAAGAGCAAUAUAAAAAAAUGUUUUUCUGUUAUCAUUCUGAAUUUAUUGUUACCUGCUACACUUUAAGUUUUAUAGCUACCUGUUUGUUUGAAAACUAUUGCAGAGAAUAAGGUGUGAGAGGCACAUGGGUAAUACUGAGUAUAGUUGUGGAUAGUUGUUGUAUUAGAUGGUUUGGGUAAAAUUUGUACAUUAGCGCCACCAGAUGUGGAGGUGGAGGUAAUUUUGUCAUGCUAGAAAAAUACUAAACCACUCUUUACAUUAUUCUGUACACUCAGUAUAUAUAUAUAUAUAUUUAACUUAUUUUAAGCAGGUGUGAUGUUGUCAUGACUGCAGCUUUGAGCUAAAGAUCAUAUCGAGUGUGCCUGGAUGUGGAAACUGCUCUUCAUGAGGGGAAAUCAAACCAAAAGAUGAUAGCAAGUGACUUUUUCAUCCAUAUCUCUCUCACUGCAGAUCCUCAAUCUGGCCACUCAAAGUCACGUUUUAACAUAGUUGUCAAUUGUGAGAUAGAUGUUAUUUGUAUUGUUUAUAAAUGUACAUUUUAAGACCUCGAUGCUGAAUUCUGCCCAUGUUUCUAUAUUAAAGUAUUUCUUGAUUCAAAGGAUGAAAAAACA